AUGAAGCGAUGCGCUUUCUGCAAUGUCGGCAGCCGUGGGGAUUUGCAGCCAUUGAUCGCUUUGGCUUUGGCCUUAAAGGCCAAAGGCACCUGGGAGGUAGUCCUCAUCUCCGAGGAGAGCGGCCGGGCCUUGGCCGAGAGCUUCGCUUUGGAGUUCCGGGCGGUGGCCGGGGAUUCCACUGGCAUCAUGUUCGAAGAGGAAUAUGCGGAGAUGUUGGCCAAGGGGAAACUCAUGGCCAUGAUCAAGGAGAGCGAGCGACGCAAAAAGACUUGGUACGAUCAAGCUUCGAAGGAUUGGGUGGAGACGACAAAGGACGUGCAGAUGAUUGUGUCUGGUCCAUUUUGCUACAACGAAACCUUCUGCGUUGCAGAGAAGCUGGGUGUGCCCUGGAUCCCGCUUUUGUAUGGCCCCCUUUACCCCACAAGAGAUUUUCCAAACCCAUUCGUGAUGGAAUCCAACUGGUUCAGUUGGUUGAAUCUCCUCUCCUUCAACUUCCUCUACUGGGCCUUGUGGAAGCAACAAGCCGCUGAUGUCAAUGCUUUUCGCAGCCAGUUGGGAUUGGAGCCUUUGCUUUGCAGCAGAGGUCUUAUGAGUGUCAUUGAGGAGAAGGAGUUGUUGGUCAUCGGGGCCUUCCAUGAAGUCUUUAUCCCAACUUUGAAGGUGCCCGCUGAUUGGCCAGCGAACUUCUUCUUCAAGAACUUCCCUUUCACUCCAAAAAACUCUGAGAGUUGCAGUCCUGAGUUACAGCAAUUUCUGCUGAACAACAAAGGAAAUGUCAUCUACCUUGGCCUGGGGUCAAUGCCUGCCCCGCGACCACGUGAACUCCUAGAACUCGCUGAACGCAUUGUGCGGACUUUGAAAGUGAAAGCUAUCUUAUGUGCAGGUUGGUCCAAUGUGGAAUCAUCAACGGAUUUACAGGAAGACAUCCUGGUGAUCAAAUCUUGUCCUCAUGAUCUUGUUUUCCCGCAGUGUCAGGUGAUCCUACAUCAUGCCGGGGUUGGCACUUCAGCGGCGACCCUCCGUUCUGGAGUUCCAAGUGUUUGCCUUCCGGUGAUGCUUGACCAAUUCUACAACGCCAAGCAACUCACAAGGCUGGGAGUUGCGCCACCGUCGAUCGCCUUUCAAAAUGUGGCCAGCUCUCCAGACUCCGUCAUUGAGGCCCUAAGAUGUUGCCUGGAGUCGCCAAUGAUGGCUGAACAAGCUAAAGAGUUAUGCAGCCGCUUGGAAGAGAGCGAUGGAGCGACUCAAUCUGUGGAGAAGGUCUUGGACACAUAUUUUCCCUCCUAA